AUGAAGUUGGAUGUUAUCAACCACCAGAUCAGAUUCCUCCGCCCUGUCUUCAUUGAGGACACAGUUUACUUUGAGCAGCGCUUCUUCAUCAAGAUGAUCCAGGCCAGGAAGCUCAGCAUUACUGCCGCCAAGCGGUGGUACCGCAACGCCGAGACUGCCGCCUCUGUCGUGUACGCCAACACACCCAGCCCUCAUGCUCAAGCGUUUGGUGAGACCGGCACUUUCUUCAAGGCCGUCACACACCUUGUUCUGCCUUCCACAUCGACUGCAAACGUACCCAAUACCUUCCUCUUCGAUGGCGAGCGCAUCCUCAAGCUCAGCUCAGAUAUGUACGACAGCAUCUGCCUUGAGAUUUGCAUGCGCAAGUAUAAGGACUACGAAAGUCUCUCGAGGCAGUUCUCCUCCGGUGUAUCGGCUUACCUCUCUGAGGACAACGGCCGUACACUAAGUACCCGCUCGUCCGCCGAGUUCAACUUCUCCCGUCCUUCCAGUUUAAGUCUAACCUUUAGCGAUCGCAACUCUCUGUCUUCAACUGCUUCCUCUCCCCGCAGCUCCGUCAUCUUCACACCCACUACCGGUUCUUGCACCACUCCUCCUCAGGAUUCUGCCGAAUCCCGCCGAAAGGCACAGGAUCUCUACCCGUCUCUUCUCGCGCUCCUCCACACCGCCCCUCCCGCCAGCCGUCCCGACUACAGGUGGAGGAACCUCGCCGGCGCGAUGGCCCUGCAGAUCCUUCGCUUCGUCAAACACCCCCAGGCGGCGUCCAAUGCCGGCGGAGCUGGCAAUCACCUCCGCACUCCUGGAGCCAGCAAGGUGAUGGGCAUCCAGAGCCUUGGUGGCAGUGAGCCCACAACGACCUCGUCUGCGUCCAACUCAUCGACCAACAGGGACCCCAGCGAGGAGGCCAGUGUUGAGGACAUGGCCACGCGGGUUGCCCACUUUGGCAUUCUCCACUGGAGGGUGUGGGCACAGCUGGCGUAUGUCGGCGAUGUCGAAAGUAAUUUCAAUACUACGAGUUAG